UUUGUCCCUCUGUUAUGAUCUCCCUGCACACUUCUGUCUCCCACCCUCUCCCAUUCUCUCUCCUCCUCCCAUCUCUCUUCCCCUCCCUCCCUCCUUCCCUCUCCUCUGUGUGUCUGGAGCAGCCUGGCUGUACGGACCUUCCUCCGGGACAGAGAUAUGAGGGGGUGCUGCUCUCUGCUGCCUUGCUCCCUGGGAUGGUGGGGGCGGAUUGCGGGGGUGUGAGGUGCCCAAUUGAAAUCUCUCCUAAUCUCCCUCCUAAUGCCAUAGAAUUAGCAAACUCUGAAGCAGAGGUCCUCUCCCACCUCUCCGCCCGACGGAAUAAAUGCCGUGUUUCACCUACCCAGCCAGGAGCUUCAGGGAAGCUGCCACCUCUCAAUCAGGAGAGCAGAAUGUCAUGGUUUAGUGGCAUCCUGGUCCCCAAAGUGGAUGAACGUAAGACGGCAUGGGGGGAGCGCAAUGGGAAGAAGGGCAAGCGCAAAAACACAUCUCUGUGUGGCCCCCGUUACAUGAGCUGCCUUCAGGACCCUGAGAUGGAGCGUAACAGCCGCAACAACUUCAGCCUCCGCUGCACUUGGCAAGAGGACCAUUACGGAAAGAAAGGGGCAGGCGGGGACCUGGGACUAAAAUCUGUAGCCCUCGGCUUUGAGGACGGGGAAAUGAAAGGCUCAAAAAUGGGUUCUACUGAAGCAGUGGGCUCGGAUGAGGGAGAGCACCACCUGACCCCUAGGGAGUGCUGGACGAGGUUUCUGCAAGUUUUUCAAUCAAAGAAAUUUCAGUCUGCCAAACUUGAACGCCUUUACCAACGCUAUUUUUUCCAGAUGAACCAGAGCAGUCUGACAAUGUUAAUGGGUGCGCUGGUCCUGGUAUGUCUGGUUAUGCUAAUUUUUCAUUGCACUCAUGGUGAUCCCCAGGUACUCUAUGUUUCUGUACUUGCUGUUGCCAUGGCUUUGUUUCUAUCACUCAUGGUGGUCUGCAACCGUAAUGGCUUUCACCAGGACUAUAUGUGGAUCGUCAGUUACCUAGUUAUUGCUGUCCUGUUUGCAGUGCAAAUUCUUGGGGUUCUAAUGGUCAACCCUCAUAGUGCCUCUGAAGGGAUUUGGUGGAGUGUUUUCUUCAUCUACAUCAUCUAUACCCUGCUCCCUGUGCGCAUGAGGGCGGCAGUGCUGAGUGGAGUUAUCCUCUCCUCUCUACAUCUCAUCAUAUCUUGGAGGCUUAACAUGGCUGAUGUCUUUCUCUGGAAACAGCUAAGCGCCAACGUGCUGAUCUUCCUCUGCACAAACAUCAUUGGCAUUUGCACCCAUUACCCAGCAGAGGUGUCCCAGAGACAAGCAUUCCAAGAAACAAGGGGCUACAUCCAAGCCAGGCAGCACCUGCAGAGGGAGAACCAGCAGCAGGAGCGCCUCCUACUGUCUGUGUUACCACGUCAUGUUGCAAUGGAAAUGAAAGAGGAUAUCAACACCAAAAAAGAGGACAUGAUGUUCCACAAAAUCUACAUACAGAAGCAUGACAAUGUCAGUAUCCUGUUUGCUGACAUUGAGGGCUUCACGAGCUUGGCAUCCCAGUGCACAGCCCAGGAACUAGUCAUGACUCUGAAUGAACUAUUUGCACGUUUUGAUAAGCUGGCAGCAGAGAACCACUGUUUGCGUAUAAAGAUCUUGGGGGACUGUUACUAUUGUGUCUCUGGAUUGCCGGAAGCCCGCGCUGAUCAUGCUCACUGCUGUGUGGAGAUGGGAGUUGACAUGAUAGAAGCCAUCUCGCUAGUACGAGAAGUGACUGGUGUAAAUGUGAACAUGCGAGUGGGGAUACAUAGUGGACGAGUUCACUGCGGUGUCCUUGGCCUACGCAAGUGGCAGUUCGAUGUCUGGUCUAACGAUGUGACUCUUGCCAAUCAUAUGGAAGCUGGUGGCAAAGCAGGACGGAUACACAUCACAAGUGCUACUUUAAAUUACCUGAAUGGAGAUUAUGAGGUGGAGCCUGGGCAUGGAGGUGAGAGGAACGCGUAUCUAAAGGAACAUGACAUCAGAACCUUCCUUGUGACAGGAUGCAGCCAGAAGAGGAAAGAGGAAAAAGCCAUGCUGGCAAAACUGCAGAGAGCGCGAGCGAACUCAAACGAGUGUCUUACCCGCGUCUGGGUACCCGAGAGAUCCUUUCCACGCAACAAAGGCUCAAAGGCUUUCCGGCAAAUGGGCAUUGAUGAAUCUAGCAAAGACAACAGAAACACACAGGAAGCUCUAAAUCCUGAAGAUGAAGUUGAUGAAUUCUUGGCAAGAGCUAUAGAUGCACGGAGUAUUGAUCAGUUACGGAAAGAUCAUGUUAAAAAAUUCAUCCUCACCUUUCAAACCGCAGACCUGGAGAAAAAGUAUUCCAAGAAAGUGGAUGAUCGCUUUGGAGGUUACGUGGCCUGCACCCUGCUGGUCUUCUGCUUCAUUUGCUUUAUACAAAUUGUCAUAUUUCCCCAUUCCUUCCUCAUGCUUGGAGUCUACACCAGCAUCUUCAUCAUUCUGGCCAAUAUACUCUUUGUGUGUGCUGUAUACUCCUGCAUAAAGCUUUUCCCAUCAGCCUUGCAACGAGUGUCUCGAAAGAUUGUCCAGUCACGUACAAACAGCACCCUCAUUGGGAUCUUCAGCAUCUUAUUGGUAUUCACCUCGGCCUUUGUAAACAUGUUUGCCUGUAAUCAUCAGAGUCUGUCUGAAUGUGCUGCUCAAGAACUGAAUAUCAGUCAGGGGUCCGUCAAUGCCUGUCAUUUCCAGAUUCUUAACUAUAACCUGAGCAUGGAAACUGCUCCCUGUGGCUCUGAUCGUCCAUCCUGCAACUUUCCAGAGUACUUCAACUACAGCAUACUGCUGAACCUGCUGGCCUGCUCCGUAUUUCUCCAGAUCAGCAGCAUCGGGAAACUGGCACUCAUGUUGUCUAUUCAGGUCCUCUACAUUAUCAUCAUAGAAGCACCCGAGGUCGUUCUCUUUGACAACUAUGAUUUGCUGGUGGCUGCUAAUGCAUUUUCCUUCAAUCAAACUCAAGAAGGCGAGCAAUGUCUUAUGGGCAGUAAAAUACCUCUGAAGUAUGUGACUCCUGUCAUCUUGACGGUCUUCGUUUUGGCUCUGUAUCUUCACGCUCAGCAAGUUGAGUCCACAGCUCGGCUGGAUUUCCUGUGGAAGCUACAGGCAACUGGAGAAAAAGAGGAUAUGGAAGAGCUGCAAGCAUAUAAUCGGCGUCUCCUGCACAACAUCCUUCCCAAAGACGUUGCAGCCCACUUCCUGGCUCGGGAACAUAGGAAUGAUGAACUGUAUUAUCAGUCCUGCGAAUGCGUGGCUGUCAUGUUCGCUUCAAUCAGUAACUUCUCAGAGUUCUAUGUUGAACUUGAGGCCAACAAUGAAGGAGUAGAAUGCCUGCGUUUGCUCAACGAAAUCAUUGCCGACUUUGAUGAGAUCAUUGGUGAGGAAAAAUUCAGACAGUUAGAGAAAAUCAAAACUAUCGGUAGCACCUACAUGGCAGCUUCAGGCCUGAAUGAUACAACAUACGACAAGGAGGGGAAGUCGCACAUUACCGCCUUGGCAGACUACGCAAUGAAGCUGAUGGAGCAGAUGAAAUAUAUAAAUGAGCACUCCUUCAAUAACUUCCAGAUGAAGAUUGGACUAAACAUCGGACCUGUAGUUGCUGGUGUUAUUGGAGCACGUAAACCCCAGUAUGAUAUUUGGGGGAACACUGUGAAUGUAGCAAGUCGAAUGGACAGCACUGGAGUCCCAGACCGCAUACAGGUUACAACUGAUCUGUAUCAGGUAUUGUCAACCAAAGGUUAUCAACUGGAAUACCGGGGUGUUGUUAAAGUCAAAGGCAAAGGUGAAAUGACCACCUACUUCCUCAAUGAUGGUCCAGCCAGCAGUUAGCAGGAAUCUCUGCGUUCAGGGGAGGGAGGAAGAACAAACCUCAUACUGACCCCAUACAGAGUAUCCAGAACAAUCAGGAAGCUACCUACAUCAUCUGCAGCAGUGCAGGUGCAAGGGGGCUCUGUGGUGCCAAGGCCUCGCACCUGAGAUGGAGUGCUUGGCAAGGGGCGUGUUUGUAUGGUGCUGUGCUCACUGUUUGUGCUGCCCUGCCCAAUAGACUGACCCACCUGUACAACAAAAGCAGAGAGAAGCAGCUUUCACCCUGGCACUUAUAAAGGAAAAAAAAAUGUAUGCUCACAGGCGGUACUUACAAGUUAUUUAUUGUGAACAAGACAUUAUACUAUUUACUUUCAUCUUUCUCUUCUUUUUUUUUUGUAUUGUAUUGGGUUGAACACAGCAAGAUGACCAUUUCCAAUAGACUUGUUAAAACCUUCUCUAUAAACUGACCAAAGAGCCAGAAGUACAGGCCACAGCAGGGAGCGAGGGCAUUGCCUUGUACGUUUUUAUGCGCUGUAUGUUUUUUCUUGUGAGCGACUGACAUGUCUCCAGCAGCAGGUGGGAUUGUGAUGGUUCUCCGCGACGUAGAACUCCCUGUACCGCCUGCAGGGACACAAAAGGGCAACAAAAUCUCUGCAGCCGAGUUUUUCCUUCCAUUCCAUGUCCCAACUCGCUCUCAUGUGCUACACUUCCUCACCUCCAGGUAAUGGAGACUGUCAAACAGGAGCAGGCGAUUUUCCAACCUGGAACUCUCAGGGGGUUCCACAUUACUGCAUUUUUCUUUUCUGUUAUGAUAAGGAAGUGUUUUCGACAGACUCUCUGAGAUCCCCUUGCAUCCUGGGAGAGUUGCAUGGGGAAAUACAUCCUGACAACAGACAUCAGUAGUCUCUGCCUUUUUGACUUCUUCCCUAAACUGCCUUUAAUUUUGUGGAGUUAACAUAAGCAGAGGGGUGAGAAGAACGAUGUGCUAGUGUGUCCACACCCAACAACGCACUUGUUUUUUCUUUUCACUGUGAAGCUGUCGGAAACUUUGUCUCAUUUGCCAAAAUUCAUGUCCAGCCUGUGGAUCAAGAGAAUCUCGGGCUUGGAGACAAGGGAUAACCGCCUCAUCCACCUAGGGGCAGCACAUACUGUGUUAGGUACUAGCUGGCCUAUAAAUCUUCAGGCUGCAAGGAUAGCCAGCGCCUUAAUCCUUAAAUUGUAGAAUUGGUGCACUGUACAUGUUCUGUAAUCGCUUGAUCAAAUAGUAGUCCUAAUGGACGGGAUCUCAGUUUAAGAUGAACUGUCAAAAUGAAUGCAGUAAGGGAAAUAUAACCUUUUGAAUGGCAGAAUAACCCGCAAAACCAUUGCGAACCAGCGAGUUGCCUAAUUUUGACUCAAGCAGUUACAGGAAUAUAUGGAGUCUGAAAUAAAGACAAAGACUAUCGCGAGAAGAGGAAAUCUAACUCAAGAAAUAUAUUUAUGCCUCAAAUGUGUAGAGGUAAUAGCUAACAACCUUGGGUCCUUUCAACCUGUUUCACCACAUUUAAAGCAGGGAUCAGGUGUUCUGAAGAUAUAGUCUCAGGCAUAGGUGGUCUUGAUCCCCAGACAAAGGGCCUAAAUCAGACAUCUUUAAGUAAAAUAUUAGAAUACAAUAUCCUUUGGGGUGUGCAAUUCCAUGUCUGGUGCCAAAGAAG